AUGGCUCUCGACAGAUCACAAUAUAAGGACCGCGAGUUUAUCGCAGUAAUCGGCGACGAGGACUCUGUCACAGGAAUCCUGCUUGCAGGCGUCGGUCACGUAACCGAUCCACCGGAUUCCCAGAAGAACUUCCUCGUCGUCGACUCGAAAACGGAAGACAGCACGAUCGAAGGCGCGUUCGACUCGUUCACGAAAGAGAGGAAAGAUAUCGCGAUUCUGCUCAUAAAUCAGCACAUUGCCGAUAGAAUAAGAGCACGGGUGGAUGGUUAUGCUGAAGCUUUCCCUUCUGUGUUGGAGAUACCCUCAAAGGACCAUCCGUACGACCCGGAGAAAGACAGCGUCAUGAAGAGAGUGAGGAAGCUAUUUGGAGAAUGAGUAUGGACUGGAGAUGGGAAGGGAGCCGCGGACUGGCCAGGCCGGGCACACUAUCGGAGGAGUUGUUGCGCGGUCGACAACGACACACUGUGGAUGCUAUGAACCGAAUUGAGAGAUAUGCACCUUCACUCACGACUUGCGAACGGGAGAGCCAUCACGGACAGCAGACUGUAUACCGAAGAACGCCGCGCUGCUUGGUGCGUCCAUGCAUAGUCCACAAUCAUUAAGUGCCCUUGCAGAUACUCGUAGCAUAUCUACAGGACAUG